AUGGCCUCGUGUCUGAUCGAAUUCGACAAAAACCCAAUUGUAUUCUCGCCUGGUGACAAAGUCAAUGGAAAUGUGAAAAUGCAAAUUUCGGAUGAAGACUUCAAAGCGAGAAAAGUGAGGAUGGAGAUGAUUGGAAAAGCAUAUACGUAUUGGGAGGGUAAUGUCAAGAAUAAUCACAAGAUUAAAAACAGUGGAGACAUUGCUAGAGUCCGUCAUAACUGUGCAGACCACAAAGGAAAGAUUGUCUACUGUCGUUUUGAGACAAUCGUCUGGAAAAGUGAUGGAUCGAAGCACGAAAUGCCAUCUGGUGAACACAUAUUUCCGUUCUCCUUCCAACUUCCUCACUGGGCACCUCCAAGUUUCGAAGGUGAUCUCGGAUUUAUCCGUUACUUCAUCAAGGUUGAAAUCGAUAGACCAUGGAAGUUUGAUGAUAAGUUUAUCACCUGUUUCACAGUCCUCCCCAGCAUUGAUCUGUCAUUGAUUCCUAACUCACAACUUCCAUCAAAGAAACAUACUUGUGAAGAAUUUGGAGCAGUUUUGUGGAAAGGUGGCCUGGUGAAAAUGGAAAUUCGUCUUCCAAAACAAGGCUAUGUGUGUGGAGAGAGUAUUCCAGUGAAGAUUCUUGUUGAUAACAAGACUUCAAAAUCAUUCAAGAAGAUCAGUCUGAAACUUCUUCAACGAAUUACGUACACUGGAUUUCGAGAUGGAUUCGUCAAUUCUCAAUCUCAUCCUUGCAUGGGGAACGAGAAGGAGAAAGUGACAUAUGCGACAAGAUUGAAUGCGCAGAUUCGGGUGGAGGAACGGAAGAUCCUGGAAGAAAUUAUGGAUGUUCGAAUCGAGAAAAACGACAAGAUAGAUAUGGAGAAGGCAAUAAUUGUUCCACCACUUCCACCAUCCACUAAAACCUGUGAGAUAAUUGAUGUUGAGUACUUUUUGAAAGCCAAAAUGAGCACACUGGGAACAUUGAAAAGUGCAGUGAAGCUGGAAUUGCCGUUCAUAAUUGGCACUGUGCCAACUGAUAAAGAUCGAAGUUUUGACUACAAAAAGUCAGUGUUUGGAUAUGCUGCGACUUCCCUGAAGAAUCGAGAUGUCCAGAAGUACGCUCCAUUGUACCCGGUCUACAAGUUUAUUUGA